AUGGAUGACCUCUACGACGAGUUCGGUAAUUAUAUUGGAGGAGAAGAGUCCGAGGAAGAAUCACAGCAUGACGGCGUCGAGGCACAGCAGUUCGAUUAUGACCUUGAGUCAGAGGUGGAGGCACCGGCUGCCCAUGGCCAGGAGCUAAUGGAAAUAGAUGACCAAGGUCCGUCCAAUGCGGUAAUUCUUCACGAAGAUAAACAGUACUAUCCAACAGCACAACAAGUUUACGGGAAAGAUGUGGAAACAAAAGUGCAGGAGGAGGAUACACAGCCGCUGUCGCAACCAAUUAUAGCGCCAAUUCAGCAGAAGAAGUUCGCUGUUCAGGAAGCUGACCUGCCUCCCGUCUUUUAUUCUCGAGAAUUCAUGUCAGACCUGUUAAACUACCCCCAUCAAAUUCGAAACAUUGCGCUUGCGGGCCAUUUACAUCAUGGCAAGACUGCUUUUAUGGAUACUUUGGUUAUGGAAACACAUGAUAUAUCGGAGAAACUUGACAAACGAAUUGGUAAAGCAAAGGAUGAACAGCUCCGAUAUACAGAUAUGCACUUUUUGGAGAGGGAGCGUGGGCUAUCAAUUAAAUCUGCGCCAAUGAGCCUUGUUUUGCAGGACACGAAAGGAAAAUCCCAUCUUUUCAAUAUAAUAGAUACCCCGGGACAUGUCAACUUUGUUGAUGAAGUUGCUGCGUCACUGAGAUUGGUGGACGGAGUAGUUCUCGUGGUAGACGUUGUCGAGGGUGUUCAGAUCAAUACUGAACAAAUUAUCAAGCACGCCAUAUUAGAAGAUCUCCCUCUCGUUCUAAUCGUUAACAAGGUGGAUCGACUCAUACUAGAGCUAAAACUACCGCCAAUGGAUGCCUACUUCAAAUUAAAACAUGUGGUGGAAGAAGUCAAUACCGCCAUCGAGAAAACAAUACCCGGGCAAGGUGAAAAGAGAAGACUGAGCCCCGAAAAGGGCAAUGUUGCCUUUGCGUGUUCCUCUAUGAACUGGUGUUUUACUCUUCAAUCAUUCGCAAAGAUGUAUGCGGACACAUACGCUAAAGUUGACCUUUCAGAAUUUGCUGUAAGGCUAUGGGGUGACAUCUUCUUUAACCCCCGAAGCCGGAAAUUUACACGCAAGGGCAUGGAAGAACAAUCCAAACGAUCCUUCGUUCAUUUUAUCCUUGAACCCAUCUAUAAGCUCUACUCGCACACCAUUAGUGAGAGCCCCGAGGACUUGAAAGAGACUUUAGCAGCUCUUGGGAUUCAUUUGAAGCCUUCCCAACUGAAAUCAGACGCAAAGGUACUUCUUAAGCUAGUUUGUGCACAGUUCUUUGGCCCCGUUACUGGGUUCGUUGAUAUGGUUGUUCAGCACAUCCCUUCCCCAGUUGAAGGGGCUAGCAAAAAAUUGGACAAGUACUACACGGGGCCGCGGGAUACGAAAGUUGCUGCCGCUAUGGAAGCUUGUGAUCAAGAUGGCCCAUUAGUUGUGCACGUCACUAAAUUAUAUGGGACGCCGGACGCUGCCGGAUUCAAUGCCUUUGGACGUAUCAUGAGUGGAACCGCAAGGGCGGGCCAGCAAGUCAGAGUUCUAGGAGAAGGAUAUACCAUUGAUGACAAUGAAGAUAUGGUUGUAGCAACUAUUACAGAUACGUUUAUUGCCGAAUCUCGCUAUAACAUUCCUACGAGUGGCGUUCCGGCUGGCAAUUGGGUACUACUCAGCGGAGUAGAUAACUCCAUUAUUAAAACAGCAACCAUUGUCCCUUUGACCUUCAAAGACGAUGAGGAAGCAUACAUCUUUAAACCCAUCAAGCACAUGACAGAAUCUGUUUUCAAGGUUGCGGUCGAGCCCAUCAAUCCAUCCGAGCUACCUAAAAUGCUUGAGGGGCUUCGAAAGGUCAAUAAGAGUUACCCCUUGAUAUCGACGAGAGUUGAGGAAUCAGGCGAACACAUUGUACUUGGGACGGGUGAGCUCUAUAUGGAUUGUGUUUUACACGACCUUCGCCGAUUAUACGCCGAAAUGGAGCUCAAAGUAUCAGACCCUGUCACGAGAUUCUGUGAAACGGUUGUUGAGACCUCUGCGAUUAUGUGCUACUCUAUCACCGCCAACACAAAAAAUAAAAUCACUAUGAUUGCUGAGCCUCUUGACGAUGGUAUUAGUGAAGAUAUUGAAAGUGGUCGCGUCAACAUUCAUGAUCCAAUCCGAAAAGUCGGUCAGUUCUUCGAAGAAAAGUACGACUGGGAUAAGCUAGCUUCGAGAAGUAUAUGGGCAUUCGGUCCGGAUGAUAUGGGCCCAAAUAUUCUCCAAGAUGACACGUUACCUUCUAAGGUGGACAAGAAGCUGCUUGGAUCCGUACGAGACUUCAUCCGCCAGGCCUUCAGCUGGGGCACAAGAGAAGGCCCGCUAUGCGAAGAACCUAUCCGAAACACCAAAUUCCGUCUUACGGAUAUCUCUCUAGCAGAUCAAGCAUUUUCUCGAGGUGGUGGGCAAAUCAUCCCCGCCACUCGUCGUGUCAUCUAUUCAUCGUUCCUGAUGGCCUCCCCCCGAUUGAUGGAGCCUAUUUACACAUGUUCCAUGACAGGACCCCCAGAUUCGGUUGCCGCCAUUUACACCGUUCUUUCACGACGACGUGGACACGUCUUAUCCGACGGUCCUAUCGCCGGAACUCCGUUAUACUCCGUGCGUGGCCUGAUUCCGGUCAUCGACUCCUUUGGUUUUGAGACCGAUCUCCGAAUACAUACACAAGGUCAGGCCACCGUCAGCCUAGUAUUUGACAAAUGGAGUGUUGUACCGGGCGAUCCACUGGACAAAAACAUAAAACUCCGACCGCUAGAGAUGGCAAGCGCCAUGGCAACCGCGAGAGAUUUUGUGCUCAAAACUCGCCGAAGAAAAGGCCUUGCGGAGGAUAUCACGGUUAGCAAGUUUUUGGAACCGGAGCUUUGGAAGGGCUUGAAGGAGAGCGGUCUUCUCGGUGAAACAUGA